AUGGCACAGGGUAGCGUACAGUGUGGAGGGUCAGUCAGUGACUCUGUAUCUGGACUGUGAGAAGGUGGAGAGUCUGGAGCUCCAGAGAGGUCUUAACCCAGAGGUCAGCACUGAAGGGGUCACUGUGUUCGGGACACGGCUACUGGAUGACCAGGUCUUUGAGGGAGAAAUCCAACAGUUGUUGAUCGUAGCCGACCCCAGAGCUGCAGAGACCUACUGUCAAGACUACAUUCCCGACUGCCACGCCCCUUUACCCUACGACAGCCUAUCACAAGAGACUGAGGAGGAGACAAAGCCUGCCAGAAGAGUGAAGGUGGAGGAGUUUGAUGAGUUUGACUACAGUGACCUUUACGACGACCUCUCUGUCUCCACGGUUACCGUGAGACCUAACGUCACAGAGUAUGAGAUUGUAGAGUAUGAAGACUACGACAACGAAACAGAUGAGUACGAGGUCAGAGAGUAUGAAUACGAGGAGGAAUUUGAAGAUCGAUACGGAUUGGCUGAGAGGGAGAGGGCGGAGACCUGGAACCGACAGGAAAGACUAGAGAAAGGAGAGAAAGGAGAACCAUCUUACUUUGGAGCAAGCACCUUAAUCACAGGCCCCGGGGGUUUUCCAGGACCAGAGGGAGAACCAGGACCCCAGGGGCCCACAGGACUGGUAGGACCUCAAGGAGACCUAGGAGAACUGGGUCCUUCAGGCCGGCCGGGUCUCAACGGGGCUGAUGGGAUACCAGGUCCUCCAGGGAACAUCCUCAUUGUUCCGUUCCAGGCAGGUGGAAUCCAACUAACAGGACCUGUGAUAUCAGCCCAGGAGGCUCAAGCACAGGCCAUCCUACAACAGACCAAGUUGUCUAUGAAGGGACCACCUGGACCAUUAGGCCUUAUGGGACGUUCAGGACCGCUGGGUAACCCGGGUCCUUCGGGGCUGAAGGGAGUGGCCGGGGAGAUGGGACCAGCGGGUUCUAGAGGUAUUAUGGGCCAACCAGGGACGAAUGGAAAGUCAGGGAAGAGGGGUCGCGCUGGGACGGAUGGGAACAGGGGUGCUCCGGGUGAGACCGGUGGAAAGGGUGACAGGGGUUUUGAUGGCUUGCCAGGUCUUCCAGGAUACAAGGGACACAGGGGGGAGAUAGGAAAACCAGGCCCCCACGGUACUCUUGGGGUGUCAGGAGAGAGGGGUUCAGAAGGACAACCAGGACCAAGAGGACAGCCAGGUGAUGCUGGUUCCAGAGGGUUGAACGGACCCAGAGGUCACACUGGCCCUACAGGUCAGCCUGGCAUCCGAGGUGUGGAUGGAAUCCAAGGUUCUAAGGGAAACUUGGGACCUCCUGGGGAGAUGGGAGCAUCCGGGCAGCAAGGAAACCCUGGGUUGCAGGGGUUUCCUGGUCCUCAGGGACUGGUCGGCUUGCCAGGAGUUAAGGGGCCCCAAGGGAAGAAAGGGUUGCAGGGACUACCUGGGAAUGAUGGACCUACCGGUCACCCAGGGAGAGAGGGGACUCCAGGAGAGAAGGGACUACCGGGCCCACCAGGAGUCCAGGGGCCUAUAGGAUAUCCAGGAUCAAGAGGAGUGAAGGGAGCGGACGGAAUUAGAGGAAUGAAGGGAAGCAAAGGGGAGAAGGGUGAGGACGGGUUCCCCGGCUCUAAGGGAGAGAUGGGGCUGAAAGGUGACGGGGGUGAUAACGGGGUCCCAGGGUCCAGGGGAGAGGAUGGUCCUGAAGGACCUAAAGGACAGGCUGGACCGCUGGGGGAGGCUGGAACCGUGGGCAUCGCUGGAGAAAAGGGUAAACUGGGAGUUCCAGGGUUGCCGGGGUAUCCGGGACAAAAAGGACCUAAGGGUUCGGAUGGUUUUCCUGGAGCUAUCGGAGUGUUGGGAGAGAAGGGGAAGAGGGUGAGUAGUAGAGGGAGGCUUUACCAUAGGGACUGUUCAUACAUUCAAUCUGGAGUGCGACAGGUCCCGGGGGGGAAGCAGGUAGUGCAGGACAAAGGGGUCCUAACGGGCUGCGUGGGGGCCGGGGUGCCAAGGGACCAACAGGGAAGACAGGGGGAAAGGGCUCCUCUGGACACGAUGGACCCAACGGACCAACUGGAGACAGGGGGCCUCAAGGGCCACAAGGACGGAACGGGGAAUCAGGACUCAAGGGACCCAACGGUCCAGCGGGGAAAGAUGGACUUCCGGGUCACCCAGGUCAGAGAGGAGAGCCGGGUUUCCAAGGAAAGACUGGACCCCCAGGUCCAGGAGGUGUUGUGGGGCCACAGGGUAAAUCAGGUGAGACCGGGUCAUUGGGAGACAGAGGUCACCCCGGGUCACCUGGUGUACCGGGAGAGCAGGGCCUACCUGGCACCGCUGGGAAGGAGGGAGCUAAGGGCGACCCGGGUGCAGGAGGGACUUCUGGGAAAGCUGGUCCUCCAGGACUCAGGGGCUUCAGAGGCAGCAGAGGGGCCGCCGGGGGCAUGGGUCCUGCUGGUCUGAAAGGAGGUGAAGGACCAGUCGGAGCAGCAGGAGCUAUAGGGGCCGGUGGUGAGAGGGGUCCUCCAGGGUCGGCCGGUGCUAUUGGUCAGCCUGGGAGGGCAGGGGCUGUGGGUGGACCUGGACCAAUGGGAGAGAA